CCGGGCGGGGCCACCGGCCCCCCGCCGAGCCUGCGGGCCACCCUGCGGGGGGCCACCGAGGCCCUGAGCCACGCCACCAACUUCCUCAACAUGCUCUUCCAGACCAACGACAUCCGGGAGUCGAGCGUCAAGGAGGACACGGAGUGGUACCACGCCCUGGUGCGGAGCCUGGUGGAAGGGGAUCCCCAAGUCUACCGGGCCGUGCUGACCUUCCACGCCCACCCAGCCUCUGCCAAGCCCCAGCUGGUGCUCCAGGCCUCCAAGGAGAACAACGAGAUCUUGCUGCAGGAGCUGUCGGCCGAAGGCCCACGCAACGGGAGUGGGGAGGGCCAGGGGUUCCCCGGCCCGCUGGCCCCGCCGGGCCUCUCCCUGCGCAAGCGAGUCCUUGUCAACGACCUCAAGAGCCUGCACACGCCCAAGUGGCACCGGGGCGACAGCUACGUGAUGGACGCCAGCCACGUCCGGUGGUCGCCGCCCUUCCUGGAGUGCCAGGACAGCAAGUUCCUGCCCAGCUGGAUGGUGGCCCUCUCCUCCGCCUUCUAUGGGCUGAAGCCGGACCUGAGCCCUGAGUUCAAGGGCGUGGUGAGGAUGGACGUCAAGCUGCAGGACGUGGAAAUCAAUCCGUGCGCCAGCAGCCCGGGGUGGUUCACCGCCACGCACCAGUGUGAUCUCAACAGUACGCAGUGCGUCCCGCAGGAAAGCCGCGGCUUCGUCCUUGGAAGGUAACUCUGCCUGUGGCGGCCGGGCUUUUUGCCAGCAGACCCGGAGGGGAGCUCGGCCCGGGACGCAGGGCAGGACGGAGCGGCGACGGCUGGGAGCUUGCUGGCCUGCUGGCCCUGCAGGGAAGGCUGCGUGACGUGCGUGGACGACAGCCCCUGUUUGAUCCAGGAGGACUGGCCCCUCCGGGCGGCCGUCCUCGCGUUCCAGGCCUUCUGCAUGCUGGCCGUCUUCCUCAGCAUGCUGGUCUCCUACCACUUCCGGAAGAGCAAGAGGAUCCGGGCGUCAGGUGUUAUCCUGCUGGAGACCAUCCUCUUUGGAUCUCUGCUUCUUUACUUCCCUGUGUUUAUCUUGUACUUCAAGCCGAGCAUUUUCCGCUGCAUCGUCCUGCGCUGGGUGCGCAUGCUGGGCUUUGCCAUUGUCUACGGGACCAUCACCCUCAAGCUGUACAGGGUCCUGAAGGUGUUCCUCUCCCGCUCGGCCCAGCGAAUGCCCUACAUGAGCAGUGGGCGGGUGCUGAGGAUGCUGGGGCUGAUCCUGCUCCUGGUGCUCUGGUUCCUGGCCGCCUGGACGGUGGGGAUGCUGGAGAACAUCGACAAGAACAUCCCGCUGGUGAUCCGCUCCCGCACGGCCACAGGGCUCCAGUUCUACAUCUGCGACCACGACCGCUGGGACUACAUGAUGGUUGUGGCGGAGAUGCUCUUCUUACUCUGGGGGAGUUUCUUGUGCUACGCCACCCGGACGGUGCCCUCCGCCUUCCACGAGCCUCGCUACAUGGGCAUCGCCCUGCACAACGAGAUGAUCAUCUCGGCGGCCUUCCACGUGGUCAGGUUCGUGAUGGUCCCCUCCCUGCACCCCGACUGGACGCUGCUGCUGUUCUUCGUCCACACGCACGGCACCAUCACCCUGACCCUGGCGCUGCUCUUCGUCCCAAAGUUCCUGCAGGCGGGGGCGCCCCUGCGGGAGGAGAUCGCGGCCGAGGUCUACGAGGACGAGCUGGACAUGCGGCGCUCGGGCUCCUACCUGAACAACAGCAUCGCGUCGGCGUGGAGCGAGCACAGUCUUGACCCCGAUGACAUUCGGGAUGAAUUAAAAAAGCUCUACACACAGCUAGAGGUCCACAAAACCAAGAAGAUGACGGCCAACAACCCGCACCUCCAGAAAAAGCGGAGCUCCAAGCGGGGGCUGGGCCGCUCCAUUAUGAGGCGCCUCACCGAGAUCCCGGAGUCCGUGUCCCGGCAGUGCAGCAAACGGCUUCUGGACUCCAGCAGCUCCAGCGUGAAGGUGAAAGAGGACGCCUCCAAGCACAAAGCUUUCUCGCUGAGGAAGUCCCACAGCACCUACGACCACAUGCGGGAGCCCAAGGAGGGCGCCUUGCCCUCCAGGCAUGACAGCCUCGGCAAGGAACCCCCGCUGCUAGACUCCUUGAUGAGGAAAAAGCUGGCCAAGAAAGCCUCCGAGAGGGCCAACAGCGAGUCCCUGGACUCGGCCCCCCUCGUCUACAAGUCUGCCAGUGCCCACAACCUGCUGGCCGACAAGAAACCCCUGCACCCCAAACCCUCCCCCUUGCAGAAAUCCCUCAGCGUCCUGAUGAGUGCCAGGGAGAAGGCCCUGCUGCUGACCAGCCGGGCGUAUCUGGAAGACAGCUGCCAAGCGCCUGGAGAAAACGAGAGGGAGGUGAAGCCGGAAGCGUCCGCUCCUGAAACGCCACCCUCAAGGCACCCGGAGGGCGGGGAGCCUGCCGAGCAGGCCUUAGAGGCUGCCAAGCAGCCGCAGAGCGAUGAUGCGCCCCAAGGGACCGAGAGCUCCCUCCGGCAGGACAGCUCUGACCGGGCUGCCGUUUGUCCCUGGGAAGGGGACGCGACCCCGCAAGACAAGGCGCAGAAACACGUCACGUACGCCCCGAUAAAAAGCAUCAGCGUGGACAGCUCCCAGCUGGCGGGCAGGGCGCCCCUGGCCGGCAAGAGAACACCCCCGCAGCCGCCCGUCAGGUACCAAAGCCUGGCUCACAGCCUCGAAAGGAGUGAGCAAACACGGCCUGCCACGGAUAUGCCCCGUCAGGGCUCCAAAGACAACACUGCGCGGAUCAACAUCUGUCCGUGGGAGGUGGAGGAGCUUCCGGGAACGACUGAGGAGGCAGAGUGGGGAGACGAGAACGUGCAGCCUCCGUCCGCGGCAGGGCACGGCCGGCUGCUGCCUGCACCUUCCUUCGCGGCAGAAAUAUGCCCGUGGGAACUGGCGGAGGAGGAGGUUUUGAAGCCGAGCCAGCAGGAGAAGCCGAGCGAACCUGGCGGCACUGAGAAACCACCCGGCUCGCUAGCAAAACCCCUGAGUCUUCAAACCCCGCCCCAGAAAAGCUCCAUCAGGAGUAUAGGGUUAGCCAUGAAAGCGUUUCACCGCGUCAGAGAGAAGGGCAGCGUUACGAGAAAGGAGGACGAGGCGAGCCAGAGGAAGAAGGACAAAGACGCAGGCAGCCAAUGUGAUACGCCCAAACUGGCAGAGACCUCCGCUCCGUCCGUGGGCGGGGCGGCCAAGCGCGAGACCGCAGCCAGAGGUCCCGAGGAAAGCAGGCCGAAGAUCAUCAGCAAACAAGCCACCAUCUGCCCUUGGGAAGAGGAGACUACCAGCCCAGCCCAGCAAAACAACACCACCAGCAAAGUGCUCGAAAUAUGCCCCUGGGAGGCAAGAGGGGAAGCAGCCGACGAUCCCCCAGAUGGGUUGGCGCCGGCCGAAGCAGGCAGCGCGGUGGAGAAGAAGGGCUCAAAAGGCACCGGCAACACCAUACGGAGGAAGCUGGAGAGGAUGCGGAGCCAGUGGGAAUCCAUGUGCCCCUGGGAGAACACGGAGACAGAGGCGCCGUCCGCAGAAGCUGACGCAAAGCCCGCCAGCCCGCCUAAAGGGGCUGCAAAGAAAGCGGACAGCGUGGAGAGCAGGAGAGCAGAGGUUUGUCCCUGGCAAACGGAGGAGGCGGACGCCAACGUGAACGCUGAAGCCGGCUCCUGGGAGGUGGCUGAAACGCCACCAGGGAAAAGAAUGAGACAGGGCCUCUCCCAAGAGGCCAAGAGCUCUGCACUGAAAGCGGCAACAGGUCCAUCUAAAACAGCAGACACGGUCAACAGGCAGCGGGAAGCCACCUGCCCCUGGGAGAGCGUGGACACGGAGGAAGCCGCGGUAAAAGCCGACAGGAAAAGCUUUGAUCUGACAAAGAAAUCCGGCAGCGUGGAGAGCAAAAGGGUAGCGGUUUGCCCGUGGGAAAGCGAGGAGGGCGAAGCCAGCGUUAGCCCUGCAGUCUGCCCCUGGGAUGUGUCUCCAGCUCCCUCGGAUAAAGGGAAAUUAAAGCAGGAGAGAGAUGCCGUUUCCAAAGGGGCCGCGAGCCUCUCCCCGAAAGCAACAGCAAGUGCAUCUAAAUUCCUGGAGAAAGGGAGCUGCCCGCGAGAGGCCAUUUGCCCCUGGGAGAGCAUGGACAUGGAGGAAGCCUUGGGAGAAACCAACAGGAAAAGCUGUGACCUGUCCAUCAGCCCAUCAAGGAAGUCUGGCAGCGUGGAGAGCAAAAAGGCUGAGGUUUGCCCGUGGGAAACGGAGGAGGUCGAAACCAGCGUUCGCCCUGAAAUCUGUCCCUGGGAGGCAGCAGAUGCACCAUCAGAGAAAGGGACUUUACUAAGAAAAGCUGGUGUGGCUUCCACAAAGGAGCAGAGCAGCAAGUCAAAAGCAACGGGCCCAUCUAAAGCCCUAGAGCCGGGGAGCAGCCACAAGGGACCCCUCUACUCUUGGGAGACCGUGGAUGUGCAGGAGCCAUCUCUAAAACCAGCUUCCAAACGUUUCCAGCUGCCCAACGUUGCCUCCAAGAAAUCAGACAGUGCUGAAGACAAAAAGGCAGAGGUUUGUCCCUGGGAAAGUGCAGACGUUGAAGCUCACGUUAAAACUGAAAUCUGCCCCUGGGAGGAGGCCGCAAUUCCAUCAGAGAAAGGAGCACAGGAUAAAGUUGGCGACCAUGGCGUCGCCUUGAAAGCAGCCGCGGGUUCAUCCAAACAGCUGGAGAAGGGAAGAAGCCAGACAGAGGCCAUCUGCCCCCGGGAGGGCAGGAGCAUGGAGGAAUCCUCUGUAAAAGCCGACAGGAAAAGCUUUGAACUGUCAAAAGGCCCGUCAAAGGAGAGCAAAAAGGCCGAGGUUUGCCCGUGGGAAAGUGAGGAGGUCGAAGCCAGCAUUAAAGCUGAAAUAUGCCCUUGGGAAGUGUUGGAGGCACCAUCAGAUAAAGGGAAAUUAAGACAGGAUGCAGGAGAGAGUGAUAAAAAGGGUCUAAGAGGAAUGGGAGACAUCCCAGCUAAAAAGCUGGAGAAGGAAAGCAGCCAGCGAGAGUCCGUCUGCCCCUGGGAGGACUUCUCUGUAACAGACACGGGCAACAUUUCAUCGAGGAAAUCUGACAGUGUUGAGAGCAAAAAGUCCGAUAUUUGCCCUUGGGAAGGAUUAGAUCCAAGAGCUGUUGAGAAAGAAAGUGCAACGGCAGAAAGAUGCCUGUGGGACGUCGAAGGAGCCAUGCCCCAUAAGACUGGAAAGCAUGCGGCAGAAACGGCCAGCACAGCUGUCACGGAGACUCCAAUGGCGCAGCAGAAAAAAGCAAAAAGCAAACACGCGGGCCAAGCCGAACACAAGCCGCUGCAUCGCCUUGGGCCGGACGCCAAGCCCCCGAAAGGUCUCAGCCUGGGCAGUAGCACGAGGGCGGAGGUUCUCUCCUGGGAAGUGGGGGUGGCUCCCAUCGUGGGCAGGUGUCUUAGCAAAGGUGGUAGCGUCAUGGCGGACAUCUGCCCGUGGGAAGUGGAAGGGGCGCCCGCGGGGGACAGAGAAACCAGCCAAACCUCGGAGGGGUGCCCACUGGAGGCUGGAGCGGUCAGUCUGGUUUGUGCCACCCCCGCCAAAAGCAAACCAGCAGAAACACGGGAAGAGGAAGCCGGGGGUCCCAGCCCAACCAAAUCAGACAUCUGCCCAUGGGACUGUGAGUAGCUUUUCCCAGGUGGGUGGGACUUUCAUAAAAGGGGAGAAGGCUUCAACCAAUGACUGCUUCAAUUCUUAACACAGCCCAGUGCAUGGCCACGGACCGGGAUGAAGGACGUGACUGAGUCCUACACUAAGGGUAGAGGGUGCGGGUGACAAAAAUCCCACACGCGAAUAUCCGUAAUCCUCUCAGUCACUGGAAAUGAGCCACCUCUCGAUGGGCCACUGCUGUCGGGACAGCUGCACUCUUCUGCCUUCACCGAAAACCCAAGCCAGCUGUGAGACUUUGCACAUUCCGUUCUUCGUCUGUCCACUCGUCGCAAGGUAGCACCGUGUCCUCUUUGUCAAACCCGCCGUGUCGGAAAGCGUUCAGCCACGUUCACCGGCGGCACGCCCGAGACACUCAUCCACAACUGCAACACGCUACACAAAGUCCCAGCGCUCAAGUCAGAGAGAGCAAAUGGGAAGCCUUCAGAGGAGGGUUACGUCGCCGGCGGAACGAGGAGGAAUAGGAACGGCGUCUUUCGUUGUACAAUUCUUCGUUGACCGUUACAGCUAUGUGUCUGUUCGUGGAUCGUCCGGAAGCAUGUGGAACUAUUUGGAGUGCCACUCAUGGGCCCAAACAGCAGGAUAAAUCAAACUUAACAAGGGGUCGAUAAGCCUUACACCCCAAAUGCUGCUCAUCUUUGUCUAACGAACACUCACUUAUUGCUCCCUUGAGUGACUGACCUGGAAGUUUGAAUUUUCCCACGUCACUGACCCUCUCUCCCAGGCGUGAGUCUGCCAAGGCCACCUCCUGCAAGGUACUAAGCAUCAAGUUGUUAUUUAAUGCUGGGAUUACGGCAGAGUCCCCGCUCAGGGUUAGUGCUCCGCUGUGCAUGGUACCGAGUCUGUAAUGACAGUCCUUCCCCCUGCAACAGCUACCAACCGCAGCAAUCGAGGGGAGCGAGCUAGUGGAGAAAACGCACCAAUGGGAGGACGAGGCAACGGGGAAACAGCUGUGUAAGAAGCAACACUCCGGGCGUACAAGGGGAGUCAGGAUUUGAAGAUCAGCGCUAGCGAGAGACUUCCACCAUUGGAAGGCUCGGAUCUUGACCAUCAAUGAAAAGCCAAACGAAACUGAAGGGUGAGGUGGAACAAGGGGUCGGGGUCAAGGCAAAGAGGAGACCAAGUAGGAAAAGAAAGCGGCUUUCCAAGUCAUUGCCAACAGCCUAGCUGGUCUCUCCGAACGCUGCUGCUAUCUUCAUUUCAGCCCAGGAGAACUCCAACGUCUAGUUUAGGUUCUGAAGCUGGAGAGAAGCUGCUGCUUACGUUCCCCUCUGGUCCCGGGUCACUUUGCUUCCUGGAUUUCGAUCCCCACAAAUCCCCUGACCCUGCACCAGUCGUACGAAAUCCGUGCAUCUGCAACGAGCCAUUUUUGUUUCGUUCCAGUGAUGCCCGCUCCGUGCCUGAAUGAUCUAAUUCAACGACCCUCUUUUCUCUGGUCCCAAAAGAAAGUCUCUGCAUGUUUUCCUGGGGAAUCAGCUAACCUUUCGGCCGUUCCACCACUUUGCUUUUAGCAUCCUCUGUAUUAACGAACCCCAGGGAACACUCACUGCAGUACCCGCAGUCCAUCGGCUAACCUCACGGCACCAUUGGGUGAACACCAACUCCAGGGUGUGGAGUGUCUUAACAAGGUCACUCACUUUCUGAAGUACUGUCCUUGAUGGUUACUCCUGGGCAUGUGUCUACACCAUCCCACCCGGUGCGAACACGCCCAGGGCUAUCAUUCCCAGAAGGCCACCAAGCCUCUCCAGGAAGGGGAAUCGUCUGAAUCCACGAGUCGCAAGCCUUCACUUUUAGAAUGCACAGAGAGGGGGGUUUCCCUGGAUGCCUUUUCUGUCCUGGUCAUGACCCACCCUCCAGCCAUUUUCAGAUGGAGCUGAGCCCCGCUAUGCCUGCUGGUAGAAAGCCCAGUGCCGAGAACAACCGAAUACCACCGAAGCCAGAAGAAGGACCCAGUGUAGGGUAGGGCAUAAGCUGGGAGCCUGGCUCCAUGCAGCAGGUUCUUAGGGUCCAGCCCACAGUGGGGCUGGAAGCAGGAUGGGGCUACAGGGUUUGCUACUCAGAUCUGCCCACAUUGCCACCCCACAAAAGGAAGAGAGAGGAGUGAGCAAUAAACCUUCAGGAGAGCUGCAGGGUCAGACCAGAGGCGCUGCUGGGCACAGGCCAAGUGCAUCGGCAGAAGCGCAUAUGGGAGGUCAGAAGUGCCCACCCCGUGCCUGGUUCCCACCAGUGCCUUGCUCUCCCAUCACCACUGCUUGCUGGCUCUCUCUGCUCCUGAAAGCACGGGGCUGUUAUACCACAGAACGCCAACGCAGCUGCCGCCUCCUGGAGCUUCCCACGGUAGGAAACGUGGUGCCCCCACCCGGGCAGAGAGACCAGGGGACAAUUACAGCCCAUGGACAGAAAGAAAUACAAGGGGGAGUUUGCCCCACUAGAAAUGGGGGAGGAACAGCCAAGGGCAGCCUCGGGCUCUGUCCACACCAGGACAAAAGUGCUGUCGAUGUGCAAAAGUGAAAACCGGUCAAACCGAUUUUUCAGCCUCCCGUUGUCGACAUUUCACGGCCACAUGACUAGCUCCCUGUGGAGAGACAGGGCAAAGCAUUGUGGGGGAGCAUUACACAGGGCAGUGUUGCGGGAAGGCAGAGCUGAUCCCUGUGCUUCUUGGGAUUCCCUUGUAGCUCGGAGCUCUCCGUGCUGAGGAACGGCAAAGCAGCACAGCAGCCUCUCCAACCCUCCCCCUGCAGCAGCAGCCUGCCUACUGCUGUGUUCCUGGCAGGGCAGAACAGGAGCAUCCCAAUGAUUUGUUCUUUGUUCCCCAAACGGAGCCACACACUCAGCUGUCAGACAAGUCCUGGAGCUUUGAAAGGGGAGGGGCGCAUGCCUGCAGGGCAGCAGAGAUCCCAAAACACUGAGCAGAGCCAUCAGGGCAGGCAGUGUGGGAUAGUGGCGGAAGCCAGUUCCCUCGACAAAACAAACAGCAGAAUCCACUCUGGCUCUUUAUCAACAAUGAAGGGAGGGAAAAGACAAAAAUCUCUCACGGGGCUGGAAGCUUUUUUGUUGCCAAAACUGGGUGUUUUUCCCAACCAAAGUCACAUUGCCGUAUAAACGCUCUCGCUGUUCUGUUGCCAAAAGGCAGUUUUUGGUGACAAACCAUGCAGGCGAGCCAUUAAGAGUCUCCCCCGCCACACUAGUGGUUAGCUGCCCAGGUAGCACGGAUAUAAGACUAUUACAGAGACAGUGUGGGGAGAGAGAUGCCCGUUCUGCCAACUCAGUCAACUGAUCUGGUCCCUUUCCCCGUCUCUGCAGGAGCCAGGGCUGCUCGGGACAGUAGCUUCCCAGGAUUCACCACCUCUGCCUCCUCUCCCUGGGAGCAGUGAGAUCCGAGACAGCAAAAGGGAAUGUUUUAGCUUUGUCCUCCGUCAUGUGGCUUUGGCUCAGGAUUUGUCUUCUCCCUCCUCCCUUUCCGCAGGCUGUCCUUUACUUUCUUUGGCUACGUCUAAACUACACCCCGCUGU